AUGAUUCUACGUGAGAUGUGUACUGGGAGUCCGAGCUGGGAUGAUCCUUUACCAGAAGAGUGCCGAGAUAGUUGGGAGAGUCUGAGCAAGUCACUUGAUCGGUUGAGCAGUCUACAGAUUCCCCGGAUGUUCGUUCCACAGUCGCUGAGCUUAGCAUCAGAUCCACAACUGCUGAUAUUUUCCGACGCAUCUGAAACAGCGAUUGCGGCUGCAGCUUACCUGAAGGUGAAGCAGGAUGUUGGAUUUGUCAUGGGAAAGUCUAAACUUGCACCUCUAGCAGGGCAUAGUAUUCCUAGACUGAAGCUGUGUGGUGCUGUACUGGCGGCAGAAAUAGGAGAAUUUGUGUCAGAUCAUCUCUCUAUCCCAGCGUCAUCGAUCCAGUAUUUUACAGACAGUAAGGUUAUAUUGGGAUACAUAAAAAACAGGACAAGACGAUUUUACAACUAUGUAAGUAAUAGGAUUGCUAGGAUUCAUGCUGUGUCAUCCCCUAGCCAGUGGAGCUACGUACCCACUCACCAGAACCCGGCUGAUGCAGCAACUAGGGGAUCAGUUGCGGACAUUAGUAAUAUGUUAGACACAUGGCUUGUUGGACCAGUGCAGUUUUGUUCAAGGAACCUAGCAGAAUGUGAAUCUGAGGUAGAUUACCCACUCAUCAGCCCUGACGACGAUAAGGAAAUUCGUUCUGAAUUGAGCACCUUUAACGCUGAUGUACAUGUAUUGACCAACCUGCCCCCGAUCGAGGAUCGAUUCAGUAAAUUCUCUACUUGGGACAGUCUUGUGGCUGCAUUUUCCACACUUCGUCAUGUAGCUGCCUCCUACCGAGGUUCCAAUGACUGUACUGGUUGGCACAUGUGCCAGAGCACUACUUGUGAAUCAACACUCAAAGACACUGAACAUUUCAUAAUUAGAUGUGUACAAGCUCAGGCCUUUGAUGCUGAAAUUGAAGCAAUUGAAAAUAAACUCAACCUACCUAGGGACAGCCAAAUUCAGAAUUUAUCUCCCUUCAUUGAUGAUAAUGGUCUGCUCAGAGCUGGAGGUCGUUUGAACAAACUGAAGAGUUCAGGACUUUCUUCCAUCAACCCUGUUAUAGCCCCGAAUGGACAUGUAGCAGUACUACUGGUACGUUUCCUCCAUAACAAGGUUUUUCACCAGGGCAGAAUGAUCACUGAAGGUGCUGUACGUUCUCACGGCUAUUGGAUCCUGGGAGCAAGGAGACUUAUUUCCCCCAUCAUUUAUUUUUGUGUUGUGUGCCGGAAGCUCCGAAGGAUGCCCCAGGAACAGAAGAUGGCAGAUCUCCCUGUAGAUCGUCUCACCCCAGGACCCCCAUUUUCCUCUGUUGGGCUGGACGUAUUUGGCCCGUGGCCAGUAGUUACCAGAAAGACGCGUGGUGGGUCAGCGCAGAGUAAAAGAUGGGCCGUCUUGUUCACUUGCUUAACUUCCCGAGCAGUCCACAUUGAAGUAAUUGAGGACAUGUCCAGCUCGUGUUUUAUCAACGCCCUAAGACGCUUUAUAGCCUUGCGUGGACCAGUAAAGCUUUUUCGCUCGGACAGGGGAACAAAUUUUAUUGGAGCUGUAGACGACCUUCAUGUGAAUGCCAUCAAGUUGAAGACACUGUGA